GCACAUCAAAAUGCCUCAGUUCUUCAUUGCAAACAUUUUCAGGUACGUGUGUAUUAUUUGUUUUUCCUUGUUUUUCAUCAGCUGGAACAUCUUCAGAUAUUGAUGAAAUGACACCCGAUUCUUGAAUGGCUUUUUCUCUUGAAAUAGAAUCAUCGUCGUCUUCAAAACUGUCUAAUUAUGAGCGCAAUGUCAGCAAAAAUAUUUAUAAAGCAAAUGCAUACCGUAAAGCAGCCACUACUUUGGCAAGCUUACCGGAAAGAGUAAAGUCUAGCGAAGAGGCGAGGAAAUUACCUGGAAUUGGUGAUAAAAUUGAAAAAAAGAUUGCUGAGUUUCUCAAAACGGGAAAAUUAAGAAAAUUAGAAGAAAUCAUGAAAGAUGAAACUAAUGUUGCCAUUAAUUUAUUAACGAGAGUCACUGGCAUUGGCCCAGCGAAAGCUAAAGAACUUGUUAAUGCAGGAAUUAAAACGCUUGAAGAUUUAAAAAAGCACGAUAAUAUGCUCAACCAUCAUCAAAAAAUAGGAUUAAAGUAUUUCGAUGACUUUGAAAAAAAGAUACCUAGAGAAGAAAUUGAGGAAAUCGAAAGUAUACUAAAGGAAUGUAUUACCGAAAUGGAUAAUGAUUUUCUCGUUACUAUUUGCGGAAGUUACAGACGAGGCAAAAAAGAAAGCGGUGACAUUGACAUUCUAUUGGCGCAUCCAACAUACACUUCCGAGGUGAAAAAUAAAAAAAAGCACACUUCGCUUUUGAAAGCGGUUAUCAAACAGUUGGAAGAGGAAAAUUUCAUUACUGAUACGAUUUCUCAUGGAGAGUUUAAAUUUAUGGGUGUAUGUCAAUUGAAUAAUGAAAAACCAUACAGAAGAAUAGAUAUUCGCUUAGCACCAUACGAUCAAUAUUAUUGUGCAGUUUUAUAUUUUACUGGGAGCGAUAUGUUUAACAAGGAGAUACGAACUCGUGCACUAGAAAAAAGAUAUACUUUGAACGAGUAUACGCUCAAAAAGUUAACACCAGAAGGUACGCCAGGUGAUGCUGAAAAAAUUAUUAGCGAAGAAGAUAUUUUCAAAAUACUUGAUCUUCCGUACAAAAAACCAGAGCAGAGGAACGUCUAAUAAAAUGAAAGGCAACCAUUUAGUUAUUAUGCAAAAUUAAUUAUU